ACUCACCAGACCUUUCACAGAAACAGUUCCUCGCUAUGCGGUUGCCCACAAUACUCGGAGCUGCUGUUUUGGCAUCCUUUACCUCAUCUGUUGCUGCCACGGCCCUUACAUACAAGCUCGCCCCUAACGAGAGACAAUGCUUCUACUCAACCGCUGACAAGAAAGGGUCUAAGGUGGCCUUUUACUUUGCUGUUCAAUCGGGUGGUUCUUUUGAUGUCGAUUACAAAGUGACGGGUCCGAACGAAAAAAUUAUUCUUGAUGGGUCCAAGGAGAGGCAGGGUGAUUUUGUCUUUACCGCGAACGAGCCCGGAGAAUAUAGCUUCUGCUUCUCCAAUGAUAUGUCUACAUUUGCCGAGAAGAUGGUGGACUUCGAGAUUGCUGUCGAGAACGAAGCUCGAGCUGAGCUCCCGUCAAAGCAAGGUACCUCCCCCGAGCAUCUUUCAUCCCUCGAGGAGUCACUUUUCAAGCUCUCUGGUCAACUCUCCACCAUCUCCCGUAACCAAAAGUACUUCCGCACCCGUGAGAACCGCAACUUCAGCACCGUCCGCUCAACCGAAUCCCGAAUCUUCAACUUCUCGGUUAUUGAGUCCCUUAUGAUGGUUACGAUGUCGUGUCUCCAAGUCUUCAUUGUUAGGUUCUUUUUCCAAGGUGCACGCAAAGGUUAUGUGUAAAUGGGACGUGCAUAUUUUUCUUUUUUCUAUGGAUGAUUUUAUUUGUAUUACAACAGAUAUUUUUUCAGUCAAUGGAGUUGUGAUAUCAAAA